CUGAGGUCAGCAGAUCCGUCAGCCUCGGCUCAAGCCCGACGCUCUUGUACUUUUGUGGCUUGUAAUUAUCCUUUGACUCCUGGGGGUUCUCUUUCGUUCUCUGUCCACUUUCAAGAGGAACAAGGUAUAGCAGAGGAGCCAGACAGCUGUAAGGACGGCAAUCAGAAUGACAUCGAUAACAGUAUUUUGAUACAUUGCUUUGAGUAACUGCCACAGAAAUUCACAACUCCCAUCAAAUCAGGACCUGAAGACUUAUAAAGAUAGAUUCUGCUACUUUUGACAACAUUUUGCUUUUAACAUAAAGUCCAGAUAAUUGAACAUUUCUCAGCUAAAAUCACAACUAGUGUUGUACAAUGCCCGAGUGAUGUCUUUAACUGCUCUCAUGGAUGAUUCGGACAUGGAUACCAAAAAGCCUGACAGCGCCAUCCAAUUCAUUACCAUUAAAGAAGAGAAAAGAGAUGAUAUUAGUGUGGAUACGAAUGUGUCGGAAAAUACCAUUCAAUUCAUUGCCAUUAAAGAAGAGAAAAGGAAUGAUAUCAGUGAGGAUACUAUUGUGCCUGAUGCUAGUGAACUCAUUGCCAUUAAGGAAGAGAAAAAGGACGAUAUUGGUGGGGAUACUAUUGUACCUGAUGUUAGCAGUCUCAUUGCUAUUAAAGAAGAGAAAAAGGAUGAUAUCAGUGAGGAGCAUUGUUUGGAUAUAAAGGAAGAAAGUUCUGAUUAUGUAGAAGGGAUGAAUACUGUCUUUGUUAAGACUGAAGAGGAUUUAGAUAUGAGUGAGUAUUCAGUAUCUGAAAAAACAAAAUUUGGUGAUGAGGAAACAAGUGGAAGUGACUCAGAUGUUGCAAUGAGUGAAAGUGAAGAUCCAUUAAAAAUGGUUGAUGAGGGGACACUUUCAAAUGAUAAAGAGGGAACAUAUGCAAGAGUGGAUAGCAAGGGGAAACUUGUUUGUGAAAUAUGUGGCAAGAAAUUCUCAUAUAAGAGUCAAAUGUUAGAUCACAUUAGAAUACAUACAGAUGAAAGGCCCCACAAAUGUGAGGUUUGUAGCAAGGCUUUCUCAAAGAAACGUGGUCUAAUUGUGCAUAUGAGAACACAUGCAGAAAAAAACCCUCUUAGUUGUGAAGUCUGCAGCAAGGAUUUUUCUAACAGAAAUGUACUAAUUGAGCACAUGAGCUUGCACACAGAAGACAAACCAAAUACCUGUGAGGUCAAUAGUAAGGAAAUUUCAAAGGAAGACCAUAUAAUAGGGCGUGUGAACUUACUUUCUAAAGAGAAAUCUUAUAGUUGCAAUCUCUGUAGUCGGGCAUUCUCACGGAGAAGUCAUUUAGGAAAGCAUGUGGUAGUGCAUACAAAACACAAGCCUUAUAAAUGUGAAGUGUGUGAGAAAGCAUUCUCCCAGCAGUGGACUCUGGUAUGUCACAUGAGAUCACAUACAAAUGAGAAGCCUUAUAAGUGUGAGAUAUGUAAUAAAGCAUUUUCUGUGAAACAUGCUCUUGUUGCACAUAUGAAAGUGCAUACAAAAGAGACUCAGUAUAGAUGUGAAAUUUGUAGUAAGGAUUUUACUGUGAGACAGGAUCUAAUGGAACAUGUAAAAUCACAUUCAGAAGAGAAACCAUUCAGCUGUGAGAUAUGUAGUAAAACAUUAUCUUCAAAAUAUGCUCUAGUUGUACAUAUGAGAAUACAUACAAAAGAGAGACCAUAUAAAUGUGAGAUUUGCAGUAAAGGUUUCACUAUAAGAAGUAAUUUAGUGGCCCAUGUGAGAAUUCAUACAAAAGAGAAACCAUUUACCUGUGAGAUCUGUGGCAAAGCUUUCCCCAGAAAACGUACAAUAAAAGAUCACAUGAGAGUCCAUACAAAUGAAAAGCCUUAUUGUUGCAAGGUAUGCAGUAGGACAUUCUCUGGGAGCAGCAAUCUAAAGAAGCACAUGAGAAGAGUACAUACCUAAAUUUUUUUUCCUUGUUUGAUGUUUGCAUUUAGCAAUUGUUGGGGGAAUAUUGCUCAAAUCAGUCAUUUGAAAAUCACAAAUGUUUGAGUUAAAAGUUUAUACAAAUCUCUAUUCCUGUGAUAAGUACUGCAAAAAUAUAUUUAUAUGUUUUCCUGAAAUAGGGCAGAUAAUAAGUUGCAUUAAAAUGUAGCAUGACAUAAAUUUUGGGGGGUUGUACUGUAUGAUAUACAUCAUGUGGAUCUUAGAUAUAGUGCAAUAUUUAAUUAGCCAGAGUUUUAAAUGAAUAAUAAAAUGCUGCACAGAAAAAGAUGUAUAUAAUUUACUUGCCUGCUCUUUGAAAUAGUAAAAGCUAGCCAAAGCAGAAAGUUCCAUCCUAUGAGAUCAUCUCGUAGAAACUGCACUGUAGUUCACAACAGAGUUCUCAGAUGCUUCCCUUUGAAGCCAUUAUCAGUUGUGUUUUUCUGUAUGUAUUUGCUCUAGUCUGCUCUCAAUUUGCUCCAUAUUAUCCCAGGAACAGCCAGCUGCAAACAGUAUCCUACCUUGCCUCACCUUCCAUUUGGCAUUUAGUAGCACUUCAAAGUG